UUUGUAUUGCAUUAGAAAUGCCAGCCAUUUAUGCAUUGAUUGAUUCAAACAAAACACACAUAAGUUUUUGACAUCUGUUUUGUUAGUGAUUUAAAAAUAAAUAUCAAAUUAGUUAGUGAUUGCUGUGACCGCAGCAGACACUGACCUCCGACACGAUGGCCGACGACGACAUGUUUCUCGAUAGCGAUAGACUCCAGAAGAUGAUAGCGUUGGGCAUUUUGGACGACGACAAGAUCGACAAAAUGAAGAAUAUUAAAAACAGUGAUCUCAUUGACAGAUCAUUGCCGACGGCAAGACCAGCACCAAAAGAUCCGGUCAGUUCAAUGGAUGGCCAGACCAACAGUUUCAGAGACGACCGACGAUCACUGGGACGAGGCGGUCGAGCACCACAAUCAGCCGACCACAUUCAAUCGGCAGGUGACAAUUGGCGCGGGUUUGGAAAAAAGUUUCAGCCAAUCAGCGACAAAUUCAAGUGGUCAGUACUCGGCCAAAACAAACGGCCAAGAAGUCCAUCAAGCGGUGAAUUUGGAUUCGGUAGCAAUCAUAAGAUGUCAUCGAUGGAAAUGGACAACAAACGAGACAAUGACUACAACAACAGAGAUCGAUCUACUGGUAAUUCUUCUUUUGAUACCGAUUUACGGAUUAAAUCGGAUAUCGAUUUACGACAAAAUCACGAUAUUAGACAUAAAACAAAUGAUAACAUUACUUCUGCAGCUAAUGAUAGAGACUUUAGACGCGGAUCGGGAGGUGAUUAUCGCGGCCGAGGAAUGGGUCGACAAUUUAACCAACGAAACAACCAAAGACCUGGUUUUCAAUCUUCAGUGAAACCGCUGGCAGACAUCGAUGACUUUAUAAAUGAGGCCACAAUGAAACUCGGUGGCAGACCGUCUCCACAGAAAUCUAAUAAUAGCGGCCAUCGAUCACAUCAAGCAAAUCGUGAAAGGGAUCGUUCAUUUAGAACAGAUACCGAUCAACGAUCAAAUCUAUCGCAAAGACCUUCGGAAAAUAAUAGCUUUGCUCUCGACGACAGUGUUUUUGGCCUACAAUCGCAAUCAUUUGACCGAAACGACGCAUUCAGUCGACACCCGACAGAUCGAGAUUUUGUCGAUAAUAAUAAUUGUGAACCAAAAGAAAACACAUCCAAUAAUUUAGAUGAUUUAAGGGAAGCGGUCUCUAAAAUAAAUGAUUCAGAGUAUUACUGUGAAUAUUGUGAUUGUCGUUUGAAUUCAAUGGAUGAAGUCAACGAUCACGCGAAGACAGAUCUUCAUCAGCAACAUAUGGCCAAACAGAUUAUGAAAAGAAAUGGUAUUGACAUUCACGACAAUUCACCAAAUUCAAGAAGAAAUGAUUCACACAAUCAAAGACAAGGGAUCAGACGUACUGUUGUUGAACGGGUGCCGUCAGGGAUGUCAUUUGUGGCCCAAAUGAUUGAACAGAAACAACAAAUAACACUCAGAUCUUUGAUUGAUAUGGACAGCUAUGAAAUUAAUUCCGAUAGCGAGGCCUCAUUGGCCAAAGAGUUGGCCAAAUUGUUAACUAAUGAAUUACUUAAUUAUAAAAUGAGUUUAAUGCCCGAUAAUGUUAAAGAGGCUCUUAGACAUCAAGGAAUAGAUGUAUUAAAUUCAAUGCCAAUGAAUUGAUUGAUCAAAUUGUAAAUAAAUCAUUUUCAUCACAGAUUUCAACGAUUGAUUUUAAAAAAUUUCAUCAAUUUUUUGUCUCAUAAUUAGCAUUCCCUAUGAAACCAUAAUAUGCAUGACUAUCAUUACUCUACAGUAUAUUACAAUUGUUUUUACAAAUUAUUUUAAACAUUUAUUUACAC